CCCGGAUCCUCCGCGUGCAAGGUUAUAGGAAGCUCUGCGGGCCUCCCAUCCCUCCUAAGAGUGUCUCGCUGAGCAUUUUACGAUGCCACCCACCCGAGACCCUUUCCAGUACCCUACGUUGGAUAAUGAUAGUUCCUAUGUGGGAAAACUGCGGACUUCCAAGGAAUUACCAUAUAAGAACCCUACUCACCUUGCUCAACUACAGCAACCCUGGAUUCGGCUCAGCUUAACGCCCACGAUCACCUCCAUGAGGCGGGAUGCCCAUUUCUUUGUACCUGAGAUACCGAAGGACGACCUGGAUUUCCGCCUAGCAGCCUUGUACAACCACCACAUGGAGGCAUUCAAGAACAAAAGUGAGAUCCUGACACACCUGGAGACCAUCCAGGAUACCCAAGGAAUCCUCAAGAUUCAAUUCCCUGGAGGAUUUUUACCCCCUCCCCUACUCCCCCCCAUCAAUUCCCGAGCUAACAUCAGACACUGGAUCAACCCGAAGAAGGACUCCAUCCACAGCAUCCAGGGAGCCAUAGUGGCCCCUCACACUGCUGCUACCAAUGGAGGCUACUCUCGAAAGACGGACGGUGGCUUCUUCUCCACUUAGUGUUGACAUGCUCCUGGACUAAUUAAUCAGAGUGGAACAUCCUGCUGCCCAUCUCCAUUAAAUAGAUCUGCGCAAGACGAAGCCUGAAGUGCCUGUGACCCAUGGACUAUGAGUUGCCACUCCACUACUCUUAAAAUCUGCAAGGGAAGUUUCCCAACUUCUAGAAAUCAGUCCUGUAGGACACAUUGGCAACUUGGAAAGUCAUCUUGCCUAAAAGAUAAGGAUUUAGGAGAGAACAGCAGUUUUUGGCAGCAGGCAGGUAUUCCUGUUUUGUAAACUGGAGUCAUUCCAACCAUACAGAUACAUCCAUUCAACAUUUGUCAGGCACUGAGCUAAAUGUUGGGGAAACAAAAACAGACAUAGCCCAUUGUCUUAAUGUGCUUACAAUUACUGUAAUCUUAGUAGCUCUACGUAGCAUUAAUAUUUAUGCUGAUGUCACACUUAACAGAUUUCUGACCUGGAUAAGUCACCUGCUGGGCUCUAACUAUCCCAUGAAAGCCUCAUCUCCCUGGUCUUACCUCUUUGCCAUUGUUGAUUCUCUAACUUUGCUACUGUCUCCUUGCCGGAAAUCAAUUCCUUUUCUUUGCAUUAGUUUGUGCUGUGAUAUAUAGCCUCCCAUUCUCAUAAACAUGGCUCAGCAAUCUGGUGCUUGGGUUUGAAAGUACCUAAAAAUGAUGCAUUAACGUGGGUUCUAAAAUAACAAGUCACUGAUAGGAACCUGCUGUUAGACUGGACACGGAAGGGCAGACUUUCUAGAAUACUGUACGCUAAACUUCCUUUUCUAAGUUUCAACAGCAUGUGUAUUGUUGAAUAAUUCAGAAAGGAAAAGCCUUCUUCCUGGUACUCAGGUGCAGGGUCCUUACAUACCGCCAAACUAUCACAGCCCUUCUUCCACAGAGACACUCCAAUCUAUUCAGAUGGUGUCUGCUGCCAAGUGGCACUGUGGACGUUUGUUCUCGUUUAGAAUGGCUGAAAAUGGCAGAGAGGGGUCUUUCUGGAUAGUCACUUCGCGCAGGUUAUUUGAUACUGAACAUGAAAAAAUGUAUUACUGUGAUUCAUGCAUUGAGGCUUUUAAAAAUAUAGAUUCCUGAUAAUUCUAAUUCAGUAAAUCUGGGGCGGGUCCUUGGAAUCCGAAUUCUUACACGCUCUCCAACUUCUCUCACGUAGAUAAAUACACACAUGCCUUAGCGGCAGAUGCUGUAUAGAGCCUUUAGGGGGCACCAGUGUGGGUACCUUACAGUCAUCGUGACAAGGCAGACCUAAAGAAAAGGAGGACGCUAGGGAGGAGCGAGGCCUCCGUGCCCUUCCAGCUCCCGCUCCCACGCGCAAGGUGACAGCUCAUUCAUCUCCCGUCCUCGCCCUCCGCCCACCGCAAACACAUUAGCCCCACGCCACGGGCAGCCGUGCCCUGGGGCCGGGCUCAGAUCAGAAUCGCCUCGAUAAUCAGCGGCCCAGGACAAGCCCGGCCUCGUCUAUCUGAUCAAUUCAUCACUUCUGAGCGCCGGGCCCGGUAGGACCAGCUCCCGGACCUCCGGGACCGCGGCGUUGCCUCCGCCUUAGGGGCCUCGCUGCACAGCGCCUCCGAGGAGGGGGCUUCGCAGGAGGGAGCUUUUCAUUUCGGGUCGGCCCGGCGGGGCUGGGGUCCCAAACCGAUCAAAUAAGAUCAAUGUGUAGGCGGGAGAAGGAGCGCAAGGGGGGGCGCACGCACUCGUCUUGCACGACCCACGCGCGCUCACACACUCACACGUCCACUUACACUCGGCUCGCACACGCCUUCCACGCGACACAGCCGCACACUACUUUCUGCCCUCACCCCAGGCCGCUCCCUCCGCUAAAGGGACGGAAGUCCGCACCGCCUUUUAAAUCCCUCCCCGCCGCGGAGGAUUCUGGGAGGAACAACCGUGUCCAGGCCUCGAGUGCGCGCUUUGCUGCCCUCGCGUGGCUCGGAGGGGAACUCAGGUCCCAAGGAAAGGGGACAAAUGCCACAAUACUGAAUCGUGGUUGUCUUUUGAUCUUUAUGCAAUUACAUAUUUCUAUCCAUAUCUAUAGUUUUUCUUUGAUCCACGUUCUGGAUAUAAGAUGAUUCAAUUUCAGGGGAUUUAUAGGUGAAUGAUUCCUUUCCCACGGAGGCCAAUUCUGGUCAUUACGAACAUCAGCUUCUCAACAGGGAGAAGGCAAACAUUUUACCAAAGGGAAAGAUGAGAAUAGAUUAUUUCAAUCAAGGACUAGGUAGUCAAGAUAUCUAUGGAACGAGUAAAGGUAGAAGGCAUAUCUCUCGCCAUGUACAGAGAGAGCCUGCUUGCUCCCUGAACUUGAUGCUGUGGGAGUCCUAUUGCUGAAUCUUCAUUUACUUUCAGAUCCAUUAAAACAUCACUUUCAAACUCCAGAAUGAGUAAAAUGAAACACGGUACUGAUUAUAUAAGUAGAAUUAGCUCCUUUUACAUUAGAGGGCACAAUUUUAAUGUCUCAGUUCCUUCUUUCUCCUUUUUCAGUGAUAUAGGUAUGUGUAGGGGAAGAAAAAUUAGAAUUUUGGGGGAUUAGUAGAAAAUGAUUUGUGGAGUUAUAUUUGUACUUGUGCCAAUGUCACCAUGCAGUUGGAAUAAACACAUAAGGCAAAAGUAUCCAGUGUAUGUGUCAGAAUCUCAUGGGGUCAGAUUUUCUAGGUGCAUGGCUGGUUAACCUGAUAACGUCACCUGAAUGAGGUUUAUGGCUAGUAAUGGCAGAUGAUACUUGGAUUUUAAUAGCAGUAGUAGGUAAAAUGUAUUUGGGAAUACCACCUACCCUACUUAAUAUACCUCAAAAUUUAUUUAUAUAUGUACAUACAUGCUGAAAUACAUAAGCUGAUACACACACACACACACACACACACACAUCUGUAUAUAUAUAUCAGCUUCCCAAAGGAGAAAGCUACACUCAUAGAUUCUGAACUAUAUUAUAUAUUCAGACCAUCACAAGGGGUUAACAGGAACAAUUGUAAACUACAAAGGUAUACUAUGGGCAUAACCCAAGGGAGUAUUGAACAAAGUUCAAGAAAUUCAGCAAGUGACACAUAAAAUGGACAAAAACGGUAGGGAAAGUUUUUAUUUUCAAGGAUUUGUGCAGACAAUGGUGAAUAAAAAAUUGUAUUUCAACUAUAAAAUGCUGACUUCCUUCCACCCUGGCAUAUAGGGUUUAUAGUGAUGCCAGUUUGAAUCUGAGGUGAUAUUGCUAUCCCCAUUCUUCUACUCUAAAAGACUCUUUUAGGGGAACAACUUCUAUACUUUUCAGUCAAAAAUAUAUGACACAUCAAGCAAACAGGUUUCUGCUUAUCUGCUUACGUAAAGUCAAAUGAAAUAAGGUGUGUAUUUGUUUCUUGCUGUAAAUUACCUUCAUUCUGUGCACUUUUUGGUACAUUCUGGUAUGAAAACAUCUCAAAAUACAACAAUUCAAGAGUUUAGUCAAGAUGACCCACCCAAGAGGCUGCAAAAAUUGGUUUGAAAAACUAGAACUAUGAAAUGGAACUAGUUUAAAAUAUGAAGCAACACUAAGCACCAAACUUAGAGACAUUAGCCCUAUUAGAAAACAAAAGUCAUUAAAGCUACAAAAUAACAAGUGCAAACAUGCUGAACCUGUAUUUCCAGGGAGUGACAUUCUGGUUGGUCAACAGGUCCCAAACUCACACCCAUGAGGUGUAACUCUUCUUUCCCGUUCCAAUAGCUUUCCUUUCUCUCAUGUGAAAGCUCCUCAGAAAUGACCAUGGAAAACAUAUGAAUCAUUGAAAGUUACCCUGUGGACCAAUUCCUGAAGAGAGAACAGCCACAACUCUGAGAUGAUUAGACAUGUAGUGUUUACUUGAUGACUUUCUAUACUUCUAGAAACCUUCAAAGCACCAAACUGCCUAUUUCAGAACCUAAACUUCCUAGCAGCCUUUGUUCUUUUGAAGACCAAGACAACUCACCGAUAUACAGGGGUCAACCACA